UAAUUUGCUUUGAUUAAUUAUUCGCAUUUGGACGCGGGUUUUUGCAGUUGUUAUAAAUUCCAAAAAAAGCAUAUUGCCCUUUGGCUUAUUGUUUUAAUGAUGACUCACCGUGUCUUAACUGAUACUUUACUGGGAUUAAUAUGAUUACUUUUUUCUUCAAUGGACAUUUUCUACUGUUAGUUUUUGUCAAAUAUGUCGUCUUUAAACAGUUGUUUAAAUGAAGACGCGUGGACAGUUGUACGGUUUGCGACGUUCAUGCGGCUGCUUUCCUUUUUUCUACAGGCUGUGCUCAAUGCUGUGAUUCCAGACCAAUUGGCAGAUGCCUUCAGCCCUCCACGAUCAGAGACUCCUCUCCUGCUCGACCCUGUCAUCGAAGCAUUUUUUGGUGGACUUAGUCACUGGGAUGCAGAACAUUUCCUCUUUAUUGCAGAGCGUGGUUACUUGUAUGAACACAACUUUGCAUUUUUUCCUUUGUUUCCUCUCAUCCUGCGAUUCCUGGCAGCCACUGUCCUUUGGCUUUUGUGUGGAUUUCUCACAUUGCAUGGCCGUUCAAUUUUAGCUGUGGUUAUAGGGAAUAGCGUUCUCUUUAUCUUAAGUGCCUUGGCACUAUACAGACUGAGUCGUUUGGUGCUGCAAGAUGGUAAACUUGCCCAUGUUGCGGCCUUAAUGUACUGUCUGACACCAGCUAAUGUUUUUAUGGUAGCAGGCUACUCAGAGACUCUCUUUGCAGUGCUAACCUUUUCAGGCCUCUGGCUACUAGAGACAAGAUUCACAAUUGGAGCUUGUUUUCUGCUUGGGUUUGCUACUGGUGCUCGUGCCAAUGGACUCAUGAAUGCUGGGUUUUUGCUGUAUCUCACUUUGCAAUGGAGUCUUGUCCAUGCAAGGGCUCUUCACAAAGGAGCAGGGGGCUUUCAGUAUCAUCACUAUGCCUGGGAACUUAUUCGUUUUGCUCACACAGGAGCAUUUUAUGCAGCAUCAGUGGCACUGCCUUUUUGUUUGUUUCAGUUCUAUGGCCACCAAACAUUUUGUCAUCCGACUGCAACUCAAAUUCCUCCUGUGCUGCUUAAUGUGGCCCGGGACAAAGGAUACCGUGUGGCUGAUGCAGCAUCUCCAACACCAAAUUGGUGCCAGUAGUGGAUUCCAGUUUUGUACUCAUACAUACAAGAUGUUUAUUGGGAUGUGGGCUUCCUGCGAUACUUUCAGUGGAAGCAGAUUACCAACUUUAUCUUGGCAAUGCCUGUUGCAAUUCUUGGAUUCAUAGCUUCAUAUAUGUACAUAAUGGCUAACCCAGUGUUUUGUUUGUAUUUGGGUUUGGGGGAUAGUGGAAAAGACAGAAAAAUGCAUGGUUUCUGUAACCCAAGAGUCUUUGUUUACAUCGUGCACAGUUCCGUCCUGCUUCUAAUUGGAAUAUUCUGCAUGCAUGUGCAGGUGUUGAAACGCUUUCUUGCUUCAUCCUCACCUGUUCUCUACUGAAUCAGUGCCCAUCUGCUUUUUCAGUAUGAACCUCUGCUGCAAGAUGAAAAGCUAUUCAGACCAGACCAAAUAAAACUGCAAAGGGAUAACAAACCCGGCUUAAAUUUAGCCGGGAUGUGGGGAAAUAAUCAAGUUGUUUACCUCUUGAUGCACUGGCAGACUUGCUCCAUUUAUACACGAUGCAUCCUGGGCAAUUUCAUAUCAUAUUGGUUUUUAGGUCUGGCUCUGCAUUGUAACUUCCUUUCAUGGACUUGAUAACUCUGAAGAGCUUGUUUCAGUCUUCAUGACAUUCCGUGCCAUAAUUAUUACGCUUGUUUGACAUUGUUAUAAUUAAUGUAUUUUAUUGUAAUAAGAUGGUUUCUAGUAUUCCUUAAAAGGCAUAUAUAUUUUUGUAUUGAAUUAGCAUUUAAUGAAUAUCCUUACUGGAACAU